AUUUUCUAAACACUAAAUUAAUGCUGCAAAAUAGAGAAAGUCUUAAAUUUCAAGCUCAUAAUUUUUAGUUGCACUGUUGGUAAAGUUGCCUACUAUAAACAACCGUUUUUGGAUGUUCAAAACAUACUAACCAACCUCAAAACUCAAAACAAAGUUGUAACCUUAAAAACAUCGUUCUGCGACGUAUAGACGCGAUUUAUUGUUGUUUAAAUCAUUUAAUAAUUCUAAAGAACUUGUUGUAAUGGAUGACGAUGGAGUGCAUCGGCUCGCGGGUAGUGUCAUCGAGAAAGGUGGUCUCACAGUCAAGAAGAAACCACCUUCCUUCAAAGUUCCUCAACCCUCAUUAUUGGGCCUUGAUAGAUUGGCGGCACAAAAACGCAAAGAAAAGGAAGAAGCUGCCCGUAAAAUGUCGUUCACUACAGAAGACGAUGACCACAACGAGUCAGGCAAUAAAACUCCGAGGGAGCGAUAUUCAGGUGAAAAUAGAAAAUUCAGAUCUCCACAUGAAGAAACACCAACAUACACUGGUGGAAUUACUGAUGAAGCAAGAGAAAAGUAUUUGGAAAGAAUGGCAAGUAAAAACAAAGAGAAAGGUGUGUUUGCUAGCACUAAAGACAUGAAAAGUUCUAAGGAUUCAAGUUACUAUUAUAAUGAUAGGGAUAGAUACAGAGAUAGAAGAAGAGAUAGAGAUAGGCGUGAUAAGUAUGAUAAAAGGGAUAAAGAUAGGCAUAGAGAUGAUAGAAGUGAUAGACAUAACAGAGGUGAUAGCAGCAGAAGAGAUGACAGGACCCCAAGGUUUAGAGAUGAACCAAAAACUCCAAAUAUUUUUCUUAAAAAUGAUGUUUCCAAGGCAUCCUGGGAGGAUGAUGAUGACUUACCACCUGCAAAGAAGUCAUCAUGGGAUUUCCCAACGCCAAAGCCAGGAGAUGAUAGACACAGUGAUUGGUCAGAAAGGAGUUCCAGAUCGAGAUAUGAUGAAUCAUCACGUUCCGAUAGAAAACAUUCUAGAAGAAAGUAUGAAGAUGAUACUCCGAGAGUGACUCCAGCUCAUAAAUACAAUGCUUGGAUGAAAGAUAGAAAGAAAAGUGGUGCAACGCCAAUGCCACUUGAUGAAAAAGAUGAUCAAGGAGGUCGCAAAUGGGAUGGGACAGUUGAUAGGGACAUGUGGGAAGAAGAACAGAGGAGGAUCGAUCGCGAAUGGUACAAUUUGGAUGAGGGAUAUGACGACGAAAAUAAUCCAUUUUCCAGUGUGAGUGAUGAAUAUACAAAGAAGAAAGAGGAACAGUUGGAACAACGCAAGAAAAAGCGCAUGUCAGCGCAGCAAAGGCAAAUCAACAAAGAUAAUGAAUUAUGGGAGAGAAAUCGAAUGCUUACGUCUGGCGUGGUACAUUCUGUUGAUUUUAAUGAAGACUUUGAUGAAGAAUCUGUUGAUCGAGUGCAUCUAUUGGUUCAUAACAUUGUCCCGCCGUUUUUGGAUGGACGAAUUGUGUUUACCAAACAGCCGGAACCUGUUAUUCCUGUGAGAGAUCCAACAUCGGACAUGGCGAUUGUAGCUAGAAAAGGUUCACCACUAGUAAGAGUUUAUCGUGAACAGAAAGAACGCAGGAAAGCACAAAAGAAGCACUGGGAUUUGGGUGGAUCCAAAAUGGGUAACAUUUUGGGAAUUAAGAAGAAAGUCGAUGAUGAAGAUGCAAAAUAUAACAAAGAUGACGAUUCGACUGACUACAAGACAGACCAUAAAUUCGCUGAACACAUGACAAAGUCGGAAGCAAGCAGUGAUUUCGCACGAAAGAAGUCAAUCCUUGAACAACGCAGAUAUUUACCUGCUUUUGCUGUGCGUCAAGAAGUCCUGAAUGUCAUCAGAGACAAUUCUGUCGUAAUUAUAGUCGGCGAGACUGGAAGUGGCAAAACGACCCAACUAACUCAAUAUCUCCACGAGGAUGGUUACAGCAAGUACGGAAUGAUUGGAUGCACACAGCCCAGGAGAGUAGCCGCAAUGUCGGUUGCAAAACGAGUUAGCGACGAAAUGGGAACUCAAUUAGGCGAUGAAGUGGGCUACGCGAUUCGAUUCGAGGACUGCACGUCCGAUAACACCGUCAUAAAGUACAUGACAGAUGGUAUUCUGCUACGUGAAAGUCUGCGAGAACCUGAUCUGGACCACUACAGCGCGAUCAUAAUGGACGAGGCGCAUGAACGCUCGCUGAGCACUGAUGUCCUGUUCGGACUCCUACGCGAGAUAGUUGCUAGACGACACGAUCUUAAAUUGAUCGUCACUUCCGCCACGAUGGACUCUGGCAAGUUUUCGAUGUUUUUCGGGAACGUGCCGACAUUUACGAUUCCUGGACGCACGUUUCCGGUUGAAACGCUAUUUUCGAAAAAUCCGGUCGACGAUUACGUCGACAGCGCCGUGAAACAGGCUCUGCAGAUUCACCUUCAGCCGCCUUCGGGUGAUAUUUUGAUUUUUAUGCCUGGUCAGGAAGAUAUCGAAGUGACGUGCGAGGUGUUGGCAGAGCGACUUGGCGAAAUCGACAACGCGCCCGAGCUCUCGAUUCUGCCAAUUUAUUCGCAAUUGCCGUCUGAUUUGCAAGCGAAGAUUUUUCAACGAUCACCGGAGGGUAUACGGAAAUGUGUAGUUGCGACGAAUAUCGCGGAAACUUCACUUACGGUCGAUGGUAUUAUAUUUGUCAUCGAUUCCGGUUAUUGCAAGUUGAAGGUUUAUAAUCCUCGAAUUGGCAUGGACGCUUUACAGAUUUAUCCAAUCAGCCAAGCGAACGCAAAUCAGAGAUCGGGCCGCGCUGGUCGUACUGGACCCGGUCAGGCAUUCCGUCUCUACACGGAACGGCAGUACAAGGACGAACUGUUGAUCACGACCGUACCCGAAAUUCAGAGAACGAAUUUGGCGAAUACCGUGCUCCUUUUGAAGUCAUUGGGCGUUCAAGAUUUACUACAGUUUCAUUUCAUGGACCCGCCUCCUCAAGACAAUAUUCUGAACUCCUUAUAUCAAUUAUGGAUACUUGGUGCUUUGGAUCACACAGGUGUGUUAACAAAGCUCGGCCGCCAGAUGGCUGAAUUUCCGUUAGAUCCGCCGCAGUGCCAAAUGCUUAUUGUUUCCAGUGAUAUGGGAUGCACUCAGGAAAUUUUAAUUAUUGUUUCAAUGCUUUCUGUGCCAUCGAUUUUCUAUCGUCCUAAAGGUCGCGAAGAAGAAGCAGACGGAGUACGUGAAAAAUUCCAGGUUCCGGAAAGCGAUCACUUGACGUACCUCAACGUGUACAACCAAUGGAAACAGAAUAAUUAUUCGUCGCACUGGUGUAACGAGCACUUUAUACACAUUAAGGCGAUGCGCAAGGUGCGCGAAGUGCGUCAACAGUUGAAGGACAUCGUUAUACAACAAAAAUUAGAGUUGAAGUCGUGCGGAACCGACUGGGACGUGGUGCGGAAGUGUAUUUGUUCAGCAUAUUUCCAUCAAGCAGCGCGGUUGAAAGGUAUCGGUGAGUAUGUAAACUGUCGAACCGGAAUGCCUUGCCAUCUGCAUCCGACUUCAGCGCUAUUUGGAUUGGGUAACACGCCUGAUUACGUUGUCUACCAUGAACUGGUAAUGACAGCUCGCGAGUAUAUGCAAUGUGUCACCUCGGUCGACGGUCACUGGUUAGCGGAAUUGGGUCCUAUGUUUUUCUCAUUGAAAGAAACGGGUAAAUCAGGGCGGGCGAAGAAGAAACAAGCUGCUGAGCAUUUACAAGAAAUGGAAAAUCAAAUGCAAGUAGCUCAGGAAGAGAUGCGACAACGUAAAGAAGCUGCGGAUAAAAAGGAAGCUGCAUUGAACAAAGGACAAGAAAUUAUCAGUGCCGGUACAACCCCGCGAAGGACACCUGCUAGAUUUGGUUUGUAAAUAAAAACAAUCGACAACAUUUUAAGAAAUUGAUACAACAUAUAUCUAGACUUCACAAUUACAGCGUAUAUUUUAUUUCAA